AUGGUGUCUUCGUCUUCUGCCACGGAGUCGACCUACGACCAGAUAGAGACAGCUAAGGACUCAAUUCUUGCAGAUCUUGCUACCAGAUCCACAAACAAGAACCUUCUCUCUCCCCGAGUCCUCAUCAUUUGUGGAUCAGGCCUGGGGGGAAUAGGAGAAAUUCUACAGGGUGAAACAGUGGCCAUUGCUUACCAAACCAUCCCGUAUUUCAAGUCUUCCACCGUUGAGGGACACGCCGGCAAACUUUUGUUUGGCGAAAUCGGCCCAAACAAGGUCCCGGUGAUGUGUAUGGUGGGAAGAUUACAUUUCUAUGAAGGUUAUUCUUUCGACGAGGCAACGUUCCCUGUCAGAGUCGCGGCAAGUAUGGGAGCUCAAAUCCUAUUGGUCACCAACGCAGCAGGAGGAAUCAAUCCAGCGUACAAGCCAGGCGAUCUUAUGAUCAUCAGUGAUCAUCUCAACUUGCCGGGUGUCUCUGGAUACCAUCCGCUAAGAGGCCCAAAUCUCGACAAGUUUGGUCCGCGAUUUCUACCUCUUUCGGACGCCUAUGAUUUCGAUCUGAGGCUGGAGUUUGUCAAGCAGGCCAAGCAGGUCUUGAAACUGUCCAGAACAAUACACGAAGGCACCUACUGCUACGUUGCUGGUCCCAGCUACGAAACCAGAGCAGAAGUCAGAUUUAUCAGAACCAUCGGCGGUGACUCCGUCGGCAUGAGCACCGUUCCGGAAGUGAUCGUUGCUAGACACAGCAACAUGAAGGUUCUGGGUCUUAGUUUGAUCACCAACGCCGGAUUGGGCACUCCUCCCGUCAGUGCUCUAGAGUUCUUGGAACAAAAACAAGAAGACAGCCAAAUUAAAGACCAGCAGGACGGAAUGGCCAGUCACGAAGAGGUUCUGGAAAGUGCCAACAGCGCAUCCAAGGAUGUCAACAUCCUGGUGGAGGCGUUCAUCAAUGCAGUGGGCUCAGUUUAA